UCAAAGUGAUAUGAUAAACGUACCAGAAUUUUUCAAGCUCAGUAAGAUACAUAUAUUUAUCCACACUUUUCCCGGGACACUAUCUGUCACUUGCCGAGUUCAAACAUUGCUCGAACGCUCCUUCAUGUCAAAUCGUAGUUUCUAUCAGCCAACAAUGAAAGGCGGUGAAAAACGCGGCGGAUCUUACUAUAAGCAGAAAUACGGUGGUGGUAAUCGUCGAUCGUGGUCGACCACCACUGAUCGGCAGCCGGAAUCCGUAAACUUACAAGAUGAUAACAUGCUGCGACGCUUGCUUAUUUCUUUGAACUGGAAGCCAUAUCAAGCAUACAAAAGCUUGACACGCUACGUAUUUUCGUUUCCAUUAUACUCGCUUAAAUUUGCGCACGUUCAGAGCGAUCCUCAUGCGCCACCAAGUAUUAUCCGUGUCUGUAUACCUGCUUCCGUAGCACAACUGCAACCACAUUGGUAUUCCAGCCAGACGAGGAAAAUCGCGUUGGCCGAUUAUCUGAUCCGUCACUUGAUUCACGAGAUGAAUGAUACGUCAGUGGAUUUGUCAAAGGCCGACCGGUUCUCGAUAUCCAGUGUCUCUCAAAAAGUGUUGGAGCGAAGUUCGAUGAUGGUACAUGAAGGAGCCUUAGAAGUACGUUUAAGGGUACCCUUACCCGCUCAAGGCCGAUCCAUUAUGGCGCACAAGUGCAUUGAGAUGCUUUUAAAAGACCUACCACAAUUAGUAGAGCGGUUUUUGCAAGCUUCAGUGCGAACUGAUCAGCGACACCUCGAGGAAUUUAUCCAAUGCAUUGAAGAUCAACAAUGGCUGAGGGCUCAAUUAUGGGACCAUGACCUGGUAGCUUUCGUUCCUAACGGUGCCGUAUUACCUCGAGUUUCCGGCGUUUCCGAACUUCCUUUGACAAGCAAUUCUGUGCCAUUCAAAGCACCCACAUCCAUGGAAGUGUCGUUUAGUUGCCCUUCAGGGAAGACGAUCGUUGGUAUGGGCAUUAAGCGCGGUGUUACCAUGAUUGCCGGAGGUGGCUACCAUGGAAAAUCGACGCUACUGCAAGCUUUACAACAAGGCAUCUAUGAUCAUAUUCCUGGUGAUGGUCGUGAAUACGUCGUGGCCGAUCCUACCCUUGUGAAAAUCAGAACAGAAGAUGGUCGAAGUGUAGAAGGUACCGACAUUAGCCCAUACAUCAAUAAUUUACCGUUCAAUGCCAGCACCAAGAAAUUCUGUACGACGCAUGCCAGUGGCAGCACGUCGAUGGCUGCAAGUAUUCAAGAGAUGUUGGAGAUGCAAGUCACUGCGUUUGCUUUUGAUGAGGACACUAGCGCCACGAAUUUCUUGAUUCGUGACAGACGUAUGCAGUUGAUCGUGGCCAAAGACCGAGAACCUAUUACUCCACUUAUUUACAAGAUCCGGACGUUAUUCAGAGAAAAAGGAGUCUCCAGUAUCCUCGUCAUUGGCGGUUGCGGUGAUUACGUCGAUGUCGCUGAUACCAUCAUUGAAAUGUACAACUAUAAACCCAGAGAUAUUACAGAUUUCGCCAAGCAGAUAGCACAACAGUAUCCUUCCAAUCUGUCGGAGGAAGGAGGCUCAUCUUAUGGAACCGUCAGCCAUCGAUGCCUUGAACUUCCGGAUUACUUGUCACGACGAAUUCGUGUGAGAAACAACUACAUUAUAGGCUUUGAGAAAGCCUAUGAUUUAUGUUUGCAAGAUUUGGAACAACUUGCAGAGCAAGGCCAAGUACUACUUAUAGCGGAUAUCCUAGCAUGGUUGUAUCAUCAAGAAAAGAUCCAACCGUUAAAGGUGCGCGACAUGGUCACCCAAGUGGAAAAUAUCAUGGAUAAAGCUUACAGCAAGGAUAAUAACGAUCACCUCUUGUCAUCCAUGGAUGAAUUCGUUUCCUCAACCUUUUAUGUUCACGGCGAUUACACAAGACCAACCGCAUAUCAAAUUGCCCAAGUCAUUAACAGACUCCGCGAAAGCAAACUUCUGGAAACAGCCAUUCUCUGAACGGUAUUAUAUCUAUCGUCUCUUUUCUUUUGACGAUCACCAGACGAUUUUACAUUGGAAAAAAAUAAAAUUCAAACACAGAUACAAGUUCUCGAG